GUGAUGCAGCCAGCUUCUUUAGCUUCACACACUGAGAAAUCUUUUUUCUCCUUUGCACGAAAAUCCGCAAAGAAUCUUUCUUUCUUAAAGCGUUGGCUCAGCGUGCCUGUAUCUCCAGACUCACAAGGACUGCUGGACAACAACCACUCAUUAUUUCGACCUGAUGUUGCUCAACCGGCAACAGGGCGCUCCGAGUUCCGAAUCAACUUCUCGUCUCCAUCUACAAGCUUGCCGACGCCUUUGGCGGCAGUGCGUUACUUUGUAUGUCGCCUCCCUGUUAAGCCAAUCACUUCGCAGUACAAUCCGCUGUUGCUCAAAGAGCCAGCGGAUGAAGUCACCGACUCUAUUGUUCUUCUGGAGUCGGGCGUCAACACUUUGCGCUUCCAAAGCUCCGUGUGUGGAUUUUUUCUUCCGGAAAGUCUUCACAUAUAUAUCUACCCCAGCAAUGCUAUGGAGUCGUUGUUCUUCAGUCGGGCUUCCCGGAUCGUAAGCCCGGCAAUGGGCACAGCUGUAUCAGCUUCAAUGUUGUCUUCCUCUCCGUGUAACACUGCAAGCUCUACUGCCUUAACACCCUCCUUGACGCCUUUGCUCAAUGCUGAUCCUGUACUUACUUUUUGUGAUAUAAUCCCUGCUGAUAAGUUGGGAGCAAGCUGGAAAUGUGAUCAUCUGUUGGACCGUCUACUACCAAGGCUGGAGCUACUCCCUGACGUUGGCCCGGGUCAUCCAGUCAAAAAUUCUCUGGCUGAACCUGAAAUUAGCUUCUCUAGUAAAUGCCAAUGA